AUGCCGGAAUCAACGUACGGUAGUGUAAUUUUGACAUUAGGAAAUGUUUUAUUACCGAAUGAAAAACUCUAUCCGAAUCCCACUCCGUCAAUGCAAGAAGGUUUAUCAUGGGAUAUUGAAUAUGAUUUGCGUUUAUUAGGCUGUGAAUUAAUUCAAACUGCUGGACUUUUGUUAAAAUUACCGCAGACUGCUGUGGCUACUGGUCAAGUUUUAUUUCAUCGUUACUUUUAUUCAUCAUCAUUUAUAAAACGUCCCAUGGAAAUUAUUGCUAUGGCAUGCACAAAUCUUGCUGCUAAAAUUGAAGAAAAUGCAAGACGUGUACGGGAUGUUAUUAACGUAUUUAAUCACAUAAAACAAGUUCGAGCUGGAAAAACAAUUCGGCCAUUAUUAAUUGAUCAAAAUUAUAUUGACAAGAAAUUAGAAGUAAUCAAAUCAGAACGACGAAUUCUGAAAGAACUUGGAUUCUGCGUUUACGUUAAACAUCCUCAUAAAAUGAUAACAAUGUAUUUGAAAGUUCUUGAAAAGGAACGUGAAAGAAAAUUCGUUCAAACAGCUUGGAAUUAUAUGAAUGAUAGUUUGAGAACAGAUAUAUUUUUACGAUUUACACCAGAAUCUAUAGCCUGUGCAUGUAUUGAUUUGGCAGCAAGAAAUCUUCAAAUUCCCUUACCGAAAAGUCCAUCUUGGUUUGUUAUAUUUGGCGCAAAAGAAGAUGAAAUACGUUAUAUAAUGAUUGCAAUACUCAGAUUAUACAAACAUCGACCAAAGCCAUUUGAUGAUUUAGAAAAAAUUGUCAAUAGUUUGCGUGAUAAAAUUCAAGAUGAAAGAAAAAAAUUACGUGAAACACAUUUAAAUGAACAAAUUAUUAAACAACACCAAAUUAGUGAUUCUACAAGUGCCUCUAUGUCGACAACAGUGAUCUCAAUGCAAAGUACAAUUUUACAGGAUGAUGCAUCUAUGGCAAUGACCACUCAUACAGAAACAAUGAAAACAAUAUUAACAACAGUAAAAACUUCUAAUGGUGAUAAAGCAGAUAAUGUGACUAAAAUAAAAUCACAUCGUAAUAUCGAUGAAGAUAGUUCAAGAGAAUCAACAGUGAAUGAUCAUUACAGAAGCAGUAGUCGAAGUAGUAGAAAACGUUCAUCAAGAUCGUCUCGAUCUCCUAUUCCACAAAAGAAAAAAAAAUAUCGUAGUCCAUCAAAGUCAAGAAAACAAAAAGACAAACGACGUUUAAGAAAUCGUAGCAGAUCAUCUAAUGGAAGAAAAAAAGAUAAAAAACGACGAUCACGUACAUCAACAGUGUCACCUGACAAUAAUUAUUUAAAUAAUCAAGAUAAACGUCACAAAUCACAUCGUACAGCAUCCAUUUUAUCGACGAAAGAUACAAAUAAUACGAAACAUCAUCAUCAUCAUCAUCGACAUCAAUCAUUAGAAGAAAAACAAACAAGUCAAAAUGGUUAUUUAACGUCACAUUAUCAUAAAAAGUCCUCAUAUCGAAAUUGA